UGUAGCUUGCACACAGCUGAAGAAGGCUGGGGAAGAGUCAUCUUUAGCUCUCUGUAAUGAGACCAGUACCACCACCACAACCAUGUCACCUUCAUCAUUACGAAGUAGCACAGAGCCCAGCGGGCUAACACAGGCCAGCCCUGAGCCCGACCCACACGCCCUGGCUUUCCCCUCAAGCGGAUCCUCGUGUGACCCUACAACAGGCAGCCUCAGGAGGCCACGCAGGGUUCGGAUGCUCAGGAGGAGCUGGAGCACCUUAAUGCCAGGUUCCAAGAGCUUGGAAGCACUGUUAGAAAAGACCAAAGCCACAUUUACAGGGAAGAAUGACGGUCAAAAUUCGAAGUCCCAAGAUCCCCCAAAAGAGAGGAGGACAUUCUCAGCCAAAACCUUACCCAAGAGCUUGUCCCAUGGUUCAGUCGCCUCUAAUUCGUCUGGUAGACGGCUGCUAAGAGGAGCCUCUCUGUUGCUGACAGAGUCAACAGCACCGAGGCUGGAUGCUGCUACGUGGAGGUGCCAUGGGCCGUUCAGUCACUGCUUCCUCAGGAGAAAGUUAAGCACUUAUAGCGGGGACGACGAUGGAGAGAUGCCCCCACGAGCUCUGUUCUCUGACAGCUCGGUUUCUUCCAGUGGCAAGGAAAAAACUACCCUGAAAGCAGACAAAAAGGCUGAGCAGAGCAACAUGGCCCCAGCUAUGAAUGGCAUGAGCCUACAAGCGAGACUUGCUUGUAUAAAUUCGAUGAAGGGAAAAACCUACAGCCUUCACACAGGGUUUGCACUUGCACGGAAGGAUGCCUUAGACAUGAUAAGCAUAUUGCGUUCCAGCGUAGGCCGCUUGGCCAAAGGUGACGUGCCCGAGGUCACCGAUGCUGACAUGGAAACAUUCUCCCAGCUGCUUUUCAUGCAGGCCAAAGUGCUGAGUGGCGCCUGCAGUCAGAUGGCCACGGAGUACAGCAGCCCAGAAGAGUUGCUGCUCACACUGACGCACAGCUUCCACACACUGUGUUGUUUAACGCAAGCCUGCAUGUCACUAGUGGAAGGCCUGAGCACCGAGACCAAACGGCGAGAGGUGGUAGCCAAGGUGGAUGCGGUCGUCAUGAACUACGUGUGUCUGCUGAAAGCUGCUGAAGCGGCUUCAGGAGGCUCCGCCAGUGACCAAAGUGUGAAUGCAUUGAUACAUUACUCUGCCACCAUGUCUGCUAUUAUAAACACACUAACUCACUCACUGACAACACUGCUCAACAAAAAAACUGUUGUUAUUUUAUCUUGAUUAUUGAUUUUAAAGCCAUACAUGAGAGACAUGGGUUUAACAACCAAUGUGAACUGCUGUGAAAAAAAAUAAACUUGCCUUGUGUAUACAAUAUUUUAUUAUGUAAAGAAAAUAUAAAAUUAUAUGAAUAAUUAAAGUUUUAAAUAGAUUAUAUUGAGGUCUCUAUUAAGAAGCAUAUGACCCUCUCAAGUAUAUUAUCUAUAAUUACAUAAUAGGGAUUAUUUUAAUGAUUUAUUGGUUAUAUUAGGAGCUUAACAUGUAGAUUACUACCACCUUGUUAGUACCUUGUUUAUAAAUUGUAAAAAUAUAUAUUAUGUUGAAGAAACGCAUACAGUAUAUACAGCUCUAGACAAAUCAUUGCACAGGACAAGACGUGAUGAAAUCAAAGUAAUGCAUAAAACUUUACCAUUUUCUGGAGUCACUUAAUUUAACAAAUUCUUUACACAUGAACACUGAGUACUUUGUUAUUUUUGUCAACAUCAUUAAAGAAAAUAAAACUUU